AGUCAGUUUAGUUCGAGACAAUUGUUGACUGAAGUUGAAUCGUUCGUAAUUUUCGAUUCGUUGAUUAAUUCUUGGUGAUUGGUUGUGCUGUAAAUUGUAAACAACCAAAAUUAUUUUGAGCAUAGUUGUUCAAAUAUAAUCUGAUUCAUGGAAAAGCUAGAAAUUCAAUCAACAAACAGUAACAAAGAAACAAAAGAUUUCGAAAAUGUUUUAAAUCCAAGUAACGGUGUGGAACCUGCAUUUGUAAAAAUUUUACACGAGCUUAUUGAUGAUGUGUUGGCAGACUUUUGUUUUAAUGUGCAUCGUAGUAUGAAAUUAGGUUACUUUCCAAUGCAAGAAUAUGUUUUAAAAGAUAAGGACUUUGAGCUUUACAAACCUUCUCAAGAAAAUGACUCUCAAGCUUUUAACAAUUCAGGAUGUGAUAUAUUUGGCCACUAUAAAGGAUCUACAACUAAUCUUUGCUGCCCUUGUUGCGAUAAAAAGCUAUGCUCGUCUCGUUACGCACCUCAUUUGUAUCAAUGUAUGGGCUUUGGAAGACGAGUACAAGGAAAGAGAAAGACUACUAAGCGAGUGGAUUUAGACAUGUUUCAAAGUGAUCAUGAUGACGAUUAUAACAGUAGUGACUGUAACAGCUCAUCGAGAAAAAGGAGAAGGGGAAAGAACACAAGAAGGAAAGUAAAAGGAAAAAACAGUGAUACAUUUGUACCAUCUGCAGCUGAAGCAAAUUAUAGUGAAAUGACAAUAGAAACUAUACGGGAUUGUCUAAGCCAGAUGUGUGGAGUGAUUUCUGAACGUACUGGAAGAUUUUGCAGAAAUACCCUAAAAUGCUCAAUGCAUGUGGAUGAUCAGAGAAGAGAAGUUAGAGAUAUGCUUUUAGGAAGUAGUUCAACUGAUCAGCCUGCCGAUGACAUUCAUAUUGAUGUUGAUACUGUUGAUGAAAGUAGUCAUGCUCAGUUGUGGUAUACUAACCGUAAGACAUCUAAAAAGAACACUAUGGUUGUUGAAAGCAGUGCAAGUGCAGCUAGCACAUCCAGUAACAAACAAGAGGAUUAUUCUUCAUCUCUUUCAAAAUAUGCAUCUUAUUCCUAAGGAUCCUGUGGUAUAUGAAAAAAAUUUGUCUUGGAAGUCUUUUUGAUUACUCUACUAGUGUUACAAUUAAUCAUAAUACAUAGAAAUGUAGAUGGUAAUUCAAUUUUUCGGUGAUGUUUUUCAAAAAAAUUUUCAUUUAUAAAAAUUGUUUACUUCUUAAAAAUGUGAUAAAUACUUUUUUUUUUCCCCCUAUGGUAUUAACUUAACACAUUGGUUGUUUUAUGAUGGUAAAUAAUAUAUAUUGGAUAUUUGAACAUUAUGCAUUCUUUUUUUAUUUUAAAACUUUGUAUUGUAUAUGAGUGGCAUAUAUAUGCAUUCACAAAGAUACCCCUCCCAUCACAUUCGCACAUAUCUAAACACUUCAAUUAGCAUAUAUGUGAAUGAAAUUUAAAUUCUGCCUACAGAAUGCUCUUGUGCGUUUAGUAAUAUGUUCCUUUAAAAAAAUUUUCUCAUACAUGUGUGCAAAAUAAUUGUUAGUAGUUUCAGAAUGUGAAUCCCUUUAUAUUAUGAAAGCACUAAUGGAUAAUUAUUAAAAUGUUUUCUUGGAAUAAUUUUUAGAUUGUUUUUAAAAUUUUUAGUGAUUUUAAAUUUAAAUUAAUUUUUAUCCAUUGAGUAAUAUGAAUAAUUGUAGGAUUAUUUGAUAAUUUAAUUUUUUGAAUAAUAUCACAUAUAGUCAAAGUUGUAACACAAUUACUUCUCUGAAAUGGAACUGAUUAUGAAUUUAUUGUUAACUCUGGAUGAUGUUUGUUUUCUAUGUUGAUCGCAAAAAUUUACAUUUAACAGCUCCUUCAUCAACUGAAUUGUAGAUUUCCUUUUCUUGUGUAUAUUUUUCAUCAUGGAUUGGAAUUUCAUUUUUUUAAAUGUGUGUAAGAUUAAAAAUAAUAAAAAGA